AAGCAAAGCUCAUAGGUGGAUUCGCUUAUAAAAAGGAUAGCAAGAAGCUGUAGAGAGAUUGUCCGUUCCAGGUCGGGUUCUUUACAGAAACCCUAAUUUUGAGAUCAAAGAAAAGGGUUCUCUAGUUAUGUUUCCUUAGAUUGUCUCCUCGGAUUUUUUUUUUCGAGGAAAGUUUCAAUCUUUUAUACUGAUCUUCUUGAAACGUUUUGUUGAUUAUUACAAAAUUAUAAAAUGUUUUAGAAAUUUCAUAAUCUCGAUCUCUUCCAUAAACUUUGGAGAAAAAAAUAAGAAAAUCAUCGUCUUUUUCUGUUAAAAGCUUUGUAAAUCUUCAAGCUUUUUUAUCGCAUUGUUUUAAAGCCAUGGAAACGAUCUUUGAACCGGUACGGUCGGAGAAGACGAAACCGUUCAAGAACCCUAAAAGAAAGGGCUCUCGUGGUCCUCUCUCGAGAAAACCCACCGGAAGUUAUUAUCCGGCAAACUUACCGGCGACUUCUCCGCCGCUGAAUGUUCUGCCGGCGUCAGCUUCUCCUCUGUACCUUCCCUUCUGCUCCAACAACAACAGCUUCUCGCACUCGCAGCCUCCACUUCUCCCGCUGCCACGUGUCAACAGCUCUCUCCCUCUGCCACGUGCUAAAUCCUCUAUCCCUCUGCCACGUGUCAACAGCAUCUCUUCCUCUCCGGCGAGAUUCUCCGGCAAAGCUUCGGACAAGUGUCAACCACAGUCGCAGAGAGCACCCGAAGCUAAACCGGCCCCGACACUCACCCGAACCGGUUCCGUACCGGUCGGAUCGUAUCCGGUUGACGGUUACCCCGGUCCAGCUUUGAUGUUAUUGUCUCCGCCGCCGAGUAGUUUGCCGAUGCCGAGGUUUACGAUCAAGCCGAAUCUGAGUUGCAACGCCGAAGCUUCCGCCGGAGAUGACGGCGGAGCCGGCGAUAAUCUCCGGCGCCUUCUACGGCUCCGGUGAGGUGAUCACGAGCAAUGGAUCGUGGGUUUGGUUGAUGUAAAAUAAAAAGCCCAUUAAAAGCCCAUAUGUUUGUUCUGAUGGGCUUUGAUAAAUAUGGGCUUGAGUCUAUCUAGUUUUAAAGUGAUAGAACUCCCUCAAGCGUGUGAAGGCUGGUUCCGACAAGGAAUAAGCCUAAUCCAAUUAUCUUUCAUUUUUAUUUUUUUCUUUCUGGAAUUACCUUUUUAUUAAAUUGCUAAUUAAACA